GGGCAGUAGUCAUUGCUGACGUCAUCGGCGUUCACCACCUGACUAGUAGAAACAAUAUCCACAAAAACCAAAACCGUCUGACCAUGAGCCGGAUUACGGCUGAAGGACCGCCAUCCAGGGCUGGCGUGCGCUGCGGCGCCUGACAUAUACCGCGUUGAAAUAGCUGCAGUAUCCCGUGGGGUUUUUAAAAUACAUUUGUCAGCUUCGGAUUUAGUAACGUAUCGCUAACUUCCCCGUUUGAGCGAUACCGGAAAGGCCUGCCGCGUCGUCAUCCCCGGACUAAAGUAGCGAGGCCAGACCGAGAACCUCUGCUCUCAGCCAGGUACGUGUGGGUGUACACCUCGGCCCGAACUACACCUUAAUACGUAACGAUGAUUAGUAUGCCGUUGUACAGCGUUUUGUUUUCUUAUACAUGAAUGUCUAAGGAGUCGGUUUUGUGAUUCAAUUGUAAUAUAUUGUCGUUGAGACAUUAUUCAGUUCCUGAUCCAGCUCCAUAUAGCUUAUCGGUUAGUGUUCUUUCAGUAUCGUUUUUGGACGUAGUGAACUCAGUUAUAUGUCAGACAAUUUGCAAAUUCUGAAUUGAUUCAGUAAAGUUAGGUGGGCGAGUAUGGGCCGCAGAACAGUCAGAACCAGCACUUCAGAAAUAACCAGUGUGUGUUAAUUUCAUCGACUCACUGCUUGAUUGUCAGCUGCCCACCCAUAAUAAUACAGAAUGACAGGUAAACUGGGAACUUUCCGCGAGUUAACCGUGGAAGGACUUUGAGAUGAAAUCACGGUUAAACUGAACGUAAGUGAACAUAGUAUGAUGAGGUGAUAAAAUGUGUAAUUCUUGUACUAUUUAUCUGUUUUUCAUAAGUAGGCUUUUUAGUUUUUAAGUAAAUAAACCAAAAUUUUGGAGCAUUGUCUGAAAUACCUGCAGUUUGCUAGACAAUGCAUUUGUGUAUCUUUUUCUUUGUUCACAUUUUCUCACGUUUACGGUUGUGUUCAGAGGUGAUUUCUCCAUGUUCUUUAUUUCAAACAUCAUUAAGUGGACAGUCCCUACCGACUAUCCAACAUCAUGAUAGUGCUUGUAAACAAUACUGCUCCCAUGAAUGUAUUAUGUAUGUCUACACUCAGUCGUGCUUUCACACUUUCGUCUGAAGCAGGUCAAUCGUUUUGUUUGUUUUGGUCCCCAGUUCCGGUCAGUGGUCCGAUCGGCCGAGGAUGCUCACGGACCUCGUGCCGACCGCUGCCCUCCUCUUUGCUUCCUCACCUGCCCCCCGCAGCCAUGACCAUGACUGACCUUUCCGACCGCCCAAAGACUGCCCCCGCUAUCGCCCCAAUGAUAUGAUCGUAGCCGCCUGGAUCGCAUUCUGUGCCAGCAGGAGCCUCGUUUGCGGUCUGCGGCUCGCCCUAGAGCAGCUUCUCCUCCUCCGGUUCUGGGAAAGCGCUGAGGCGACGCCUGGGACCAUGGGCAACAGCUGCGUGUGCCGGGAGGACAGCGACGUGGAGGACGGCUCCGUGCCGCGCGGACACCUCCGGCGGGUGGACCAUGCUUCUGCCGAGCCGGCAGAGAUCCGAGGCAGCAGGCCGCGAGACCCAGUCCGGCCGCCACGCCGUGGCCGAGGGCCCCAUGAACCCAGGAGGAAGAAACAGAACGUGGAUGGGCUGGUGCUGGAUACGCUGGCCGUCAUUCGGACGCUAGUCGACAAUGACCAAGAACCUCCAUAUUCCAUGAUCACGCUGCACGAGAUGGCGGAGACCGAUGACGGCUGGCUGGAGGUGGUCCAGUCCCUGAUCCGGGUGAUUCCCCUGGACGACCCACUGGGCCCGGCUGUGAUCACCCUGCUGCUGGAUGAGUGCCCGCUCCCCACCAAAGAUGCGCUGCAGAAGCUGUCAGACAUGUUGAACCUGAGCUCUGCAGCGGCCCGCCAAGACGCCCUCAUCCCAGCCAAGCACCGCAACACCACGGCCGUGCUGGGCUGCCUGGCCGAAAAGAUGGCAGGCCCAGCCAGCAUCGGCCUCCUCAGCCCCGGCACCCUGGAGUACCUACUGGAGAGUCUGAGCUCAGAAGCACACCCAACGGUCAUGCUGUUUGCCCUCAUUGCACUGGAGAAAUUUUCACAGACAAGUGAGAAUAAGCUGACUGUCUCGGAGUCAUGCAUCAGUGACCGGCUCUCCGUCCUGGAGACCUGGGCCAACCAUCCAGACUACCUGAAGCGGCAGGUGGGGUUCUGUUCCCAGUGGAGCCUGGACAACCUGUUCCUGAAGGAGGGCCGCCAGCUGACGUACGAGAAGGUCAAUCUUCAGAACAUCAACGCCAUGUUGAAUAGCAAUGACGUCAGCGAAUACCUGAAAAUCUCCCCCACUGGUCUGGAGGCUCGCUGCGACGCCUCCUCCUUUGAGAGUGUCCGUUGCACGUUCUGCGUGGACUCGGGGGUGUGGUACUACGAGGUCACCGUCAUCACGUCCGGGGUCAUGCAGAUCGGCUGGGCCACCAAAGACAGCAAGUUCCUGAACCAUGAGGGCUAUGGGAUCGGGGAUGAUGAGUAUUCCUGUGCGUAUGACGGCUGCAGGCAGCUAAUCUGGUACAACGCCCGCAGCAAGCCGCACUCGCACCCGUGCUGGAAGGAAGGGGAUGCUGUUGGCUUCCUGCUGGAUCUCAGCAAAAAGCAGAUGGUCUUCUAUCUGAACGGCCACCAGCUCCCUCCCGAAAAGCAGGUCUUCUCCUCGGCCACGUCGGGCUUCUUCGCAGCGGCCAGCUUCAUGUCGUACCAGCAAUGCGAGUUCAACUUUGGGGCCAAACCGUUCCGACACACGCCACCCGUCAAGUUCAGCACGUUCAAUGACUUUGCCUCGCUGGCGUCCGACGAGAAGAUCAUCCUGCCCAGACACCGGCGUUUAGCCCUGCUAAAGCAGGUCAGCAUCAGAGACAACUGCUGCACACUCUGCUGUGACCAGCUUGCCGACACUGAACUGCGCCCUUGUGGACACGGUGGGAUGUGCAUGGAGUGUGCCUUACAACUGGACACCUGCCCCCUGUGCCGUCACGACAUACAGAGUCGCGUCAGACUGAUCUCGCACGUCUCCUGACCCUGGUGCCACCACCUCUGUGCCAGGGCAGGGGGGCUCUGCCCCAAGCCCGGACCCCCGUUCGCCCAACAGGGCCCAGGACUGUGAUGCUUCUUGGGGGGAGGGGUCUCUGUCCUAGAGGCCGCGGGAAGAACCCAGGGGGGCUCGCGGAUUUACGAGAGGAGACCGGGGAUGACCUUUCAUGGUGGAGCGCUCCACGGAAUGCUCUCGUGGGGGGAGGCUCAAAUCUGCCUCCUGCUAGCAGUGACCAGAAGAUUCCAGAGACCAAGCGGCUUCCACUAAAUUUCCUCGAGCCGCGUGACCCUCUGUUAACGUGUCCAGCGUGCAGUACACAGUUCUGUCUGCUCAUCCUCUGCCUAGACUCUCUCUGUCUGCACAUCUGUUUCCAGCUGUUCAGUGUAUCAGUGUUUAGUUUUUCUCAUUCCACUCAAACAGGCACACAGACGAUGGUGACACCCACCUCCUGUUGGGGGGGGGGGCAUGUAAUGUCGAAUCGAAUUGUUCCCUCUCGCCUCUUUUGCAUCCUACUUGAAGCAGUUUUGCAGUGAUUCAUACCACGGCACAAAUUUUUUCGAUGAGGAAAAAAAAUACAUAUACUGACAUGAUAUUUUAUUUAUGUGUGAUUAAACUGCCAUUUAGUAAAAAAAAAACUUGAAGUAAAAAUUCUCACCCAGUGUGAUGACCAGUGACGAUGAAUUAGUCUACGUCUCUGUAUGUGUGUGUGUGUGUGUGUGUGUGUGUGUAUAUAUAUAUAUAUUGCAUUACAUACACACACACAUACAUCUGAAGAACUGCAGAUUCAGCCGCUGUAGGUUCCUUUAAGGAGAUGAUCCUCCACACCAUUUCUCUGCUCGUCACCUUUGGCACAGAUAAGGGUUACAAUGACUUGAAUUAAGAAAGAGCAAAGUGUUCAUUUAUGGAUUGUGAUGUUUGCAUAGAAAUGUAUGUUGAUGUGUUGCAAAGUAGUUUUGAGGGUUUAUGGUAUUUUUUGAUAUACUUCGAGAAUAUUUCUGGCAUCUGUUUACUCUGUUGGUCCAUUACCCCCUUCUGGUAGGGUCAUUUAUAGCCUGAAUUAAAAGAAUCAACGUUUUGUAACAAAAA